UACAUUUUGUACGCACCAACACUGGCAAACACUAGCCGAGCGCCCCAGCAUCCUGCCUGCGCGACACAGCAAUGGCAGAUGGUUACUUCUACCUCGGCUUAGCUCUCGUGUCGUUGCUCGUCGUGCUGUUCGCCAGGCGCAGGCGAUCGGCGGCGGCGGCACAUGGCGACGCCGGGCUGCGGUUGCCGCCGGGGCCAUGGCAGCUGCCGGUCAUCGGCAGCCUGCACCACCUCGCCGGCAAGCUCCCGCACCGCGCGAUGCGCGACCUGGCGCGCCGCCACGGGCCGGUCAUGAUGCUACGGCUCGGAGAGGUGCCCACGCUGGUGGUGUCGUCGCGGGACGCGGCGCGGGAGGUGAUGCGGACGCACGACGCGGCGUUCGCGUCGCGGCCGCUGAGCGCCAGCGUGCGCGCGGCCACCAAAGGAGGCAGGGACAUAGCCUUCGCGCCGUACGGGGACUACUGGCGCCAGCUGAGGAAGAUCGCCGUCACGGAGCUCCUCUCGGCGCGACGCGUCCUGUCCUUCCGCCCCAUCCGCGAGGAGGAGGUCGCCGCCACGCUGCGCGCGGUCGCCGCGGCCGCGGCGGACGGGCGGACCGUGGAGCUGCGGGCGGCGCUGUGCGCGCUCGUGGCCGACUCCACCGUGCGCGCCGUGGUGGGCGAGCGGUGCGCGGGCCUCGACGUGUUCCUCCGCCAGCUCGACCGCGCCAUCGAGCUCGCUGCUGGGCUCAACGUGGCGGACCUGUGGCCGUCGUCGCGUCUCGCCGGCCGUCUCAGCGGCGCCGUGCGCCAGGCCGAGAGGUGUCGUGACACGAUGUUCGGCGUCCUCGACGGCAUCAUCCAGGCGCACCUGGAGAAGACUGGCGGCGCCGGCGAAGACAUUCUAGACGUGCUACUGAGGAUACAUAAGGAGGGCGGGCUGGAGUUCCCUCUCGACAUGGACGCCGUCAAAUGCGUCGUCGUUGAUGUCAUCAGCGGAGGCUGCGAGACGUCGGCGACGACGCUGGGGUGGGCGUUCGCGGAGCUAAUCCGGAACCCGGCGGCGAUGAAGAAGGCGACGGCCGAGGUUCGCCGUGACUUCGAGGCGGCCGGCGCCGUGUCAGAGAGCGCGCUCGCCGUCGGCGAGCUCCCGUACCUUCGCCUCGUCGUCAGGGAGACGCUCCGGCUGCACCCGCCGCUGCCGCUGCUGCUCCCGCGCGAGUGCCGGGAGCCGUGCCGGGUGCUCGGCUACGACGUGCCGCGCGGCGCGCAGGUGCUGGUGAACGCCUGGGCGAUCGGCCGCGACGAGCGGUACUGGCCCGGCGGCUCGCCGGAGGAGUUCCGGCCGGAGCGGUUCGGCGACGGCGAGGCGGCCGCCGCGGUGGACUUCAAGGGCGCCGACUUCGAGCUCCUGCCGUUCGGCGGCGGCCGGCGGAUGUGCCCCGGGAUGGCGUUCGGGUUCGCAAACGUGGAGCUCCCACUCGCCAGCCUGCUCUUCCACAUCGACUGGGAGGCCUCCGGUGUGGCUGACCCGACCGAGUUCGACAUGACAGAGGCGUUCGGCAUCACGGCGCGCCGCAAGGCCAACCUCCUGCUCCGUCCAAUCCUUAGAGUGCCCGUGCCGGGCGUCUAGGUCAUCGACGUCGCCGGCCCAGCCGGCGCUAUAUUUACAAGGAUAAAAUUCACUGUGGGAGUUCACUUGGAUAUAUAUAUUUUUAGGAAAUCAUUAGCUGCACUAAGGAAUCCGAUCGUCUCAGUUAGCAUGCGAGUUUUUUUAAACAUAUUUCUCA